UAAUUACAGGUUUUGGAUCGGAAAUUAAUUUCUAAUUUUCGUCGAGUGUUUCGAGGGUAAAGUGUCAUCGUUUCCUGGGUCGCUAACGCUGUUUUCGCAAAUAGAUGGACUAGAGGCCCAAUAAUCUAAUCGAAAGGCCACAAAGAGCAGUCAUGCAGGUGCAGAACCGGCCACAACGUCUUUCUUGUUUGAAACGUCUCCGGCUCCGGUCUUCGUCGGCGUUGUCCGCCGUGGAGUGGCGAGAGACUAACUGGACAGUAAGACGGGAUGGAGGAAGGGGAAGUGCUGGAGCUCAAUGAGCUUCAUUACUCCGAUAUAAUGUUGAUAUCUUCUGAUUCAACAGCGAACCCUAAUCUGCUAAACGAUAAUGUCCCAAUUCCCUCGCCCGAAGAGCGACGGUGACUGGAAACGGUCAGGAGGACGGUAAUGGAAACCCUAGGUCUGACGGGCACAGGCCUUCUGUCCAUCACCGCGGUCCGUAGCGCUUCUCUUCUUCGCAGAAGCCUUCUCCCUCUCGCGAGAAACCUCGCUCUUCUGGACAACGACAAGCGGACGCGCAUUCUCAAGGUUUGUCGUCUUUCCCCUCAAAUCCCGCUUCUUCUCUCUCUCACUUGAUGAGCUUGUGUUCGAUCGUUUGGUUGUUGUUUAGCUGCAACCAGCGGGGAGUUGAAAAUGUGAAGCUGCAUGAGGGGAUCUUACUGGAGCAGGAAAUUGACUACUGUGAUUCUUGCCAAGUGCAGCUACAAAUUGCUAAUUGCAGGAGUAUGGCCUGGGGAGUGACGUUCCAUUGAAGAACCGUAUAGGAAAGUAUCUUCCUUUGAAUUGAUGUAUCUUCCUUUGAAAUGAUGCUGAAAUACAUUGAAGUUCUCGAGUCUGAUCAAGCUGGUUAUCCACCUUUCAGCUUUGCAGUGACUGAUUUGGAUACCGACAGUAGCUACAUAGAUUCAGUGUCAGGGGAUGAUGAAUAAAAGAAUGUUACUAAUGUUUUCAAGGAGCUAGGAUUAUGUCUUGCGCAAGUGUGUGACAAAGCAACAGGUGGCAAAUAGUUGGAGAAGAGCUUGCUUGAAUCAGGCACAGCAAAGGGGCGUCUCAUACAUUAUCGUUCAACCUUUGAUGAUGGUGUUUGACAAGAAACCUGCGAGAAGAAACCUGUCAUACAUUAUCGUUCAACCCUUGAUGGAGGUGUUUGAAAAGAGACAAGACAGUUAGAACACUCUGCUUUGGUUAAAAAUGGUGGUCAUGACAAGCUUGGGCAGCAAUGGCAUUAUGAUUACAGUAUCUUCACUGUUCUGACAGCACCUAUGUUUCUUGUUCCCUUUCAUCUGUCAUAGAUGGGAUAACAUGUGGUGUUCCUUCAGUUACUUAUGUAUGCUUAAUAAUGCUCUUAUCCUGGUGUGAAUUCGUAUUUGCAAGUUUUUCAGCCGAACCAUAAUACAGUACUCAUGGUGAAAGCUACUCCAGUGAUUUUCCUCGUUCAAGUUGUGGAGAACCAGCUGAUAUAAUCUCAAAGGGAAAAGUCCGAUCGACUCUUCACUGUGUAGGCAGGCCAGAGAAGCAGGACUAUUUAAGCAUAGAAAUGUUUGUGGGGUUUUGCAGCCUGCUUGGAGCAAAACCUUCUCGCUCUCUGGUUGCAAUUGCUUGCAGCACUCUUGUAUAGAUGAUCGAUGGUCAAGUGAAGGAAAUGGCUGCUCCAGGCAUGGUUCAAAUGGCUUGAAGGAACAUAUUCAUAAAAUGGUUCCACCACCUUCUUUGCGUUUAAUAGAGGAAAUGGCAUUUGCUGAAUGCCCAGGUAAAACUACCUACCGGUAUUAUGGGGGUAGUGGAUCGCAGUCAAACCAUUAGCCAGCUAGUGCUUUGGUUCUUUUUGGGGACUUCUGAUGAAGCCUGCUCCUGGUGAGAAAGAAUUUUAUGAUCUUUCUGCUACAAUCAUGUGGUUCCUCAGUUAGCAUUAAUGAACUUAGUUUGCAUAGCCUUUGCUUAACUGUGUGUAUAGCAAUUUUCGGUAUUCCCUAAACCCUUAUGGAUCCUACAUUGUUUGUAUUAUGGUGCAGUCACAUUUGUCAAGAUGAAUAAGACUUGUCUUUACUGUCGAAAAGAGCAUGUUGUUAUGUUAUUGUUGGAAAUGGUCCCCCUGUACUAGUAGUAGAAAUUUUAAGUCUAUGCUUCAUAAUAUGUUACUCGAUUGAUGAUUCAUUCAUACAGUUGCUUUCUGGUGUGCAGUGGUUAGUCCUUAUGAGAGAAAGAGGGCGCGAGAGACAACUAUGCAAACAUUCUGAAGGUGAAGGGUCAUUGGCCUUGGUGCUUGAUGGGAGGUUUUCAGCUUCCUGUUUGGAUAGUAGACAUAUAACUGGUCUUGGUUGGGAAUGCAUGCCACAAAGUACUGAGAAACUUUUUGGGGCAUCGUUUCUUUUGGAAAAGGUGGCAUCCAUGCUCCUCGAGUUUGUCCCAAAACUGUUGUGAAUCUUCUGCUCAAUGGACUAGCCAGCAGAAUGAGGACAAGAGAGAUUAUCUCAGCCGCAUGUUCAAUCAACUGGUGAGAAGAUUGAUGGAUGGACUCUCUAUUCCUGCUUGAUCUUUAGACCUUGACCGGAUUUGGGGACCUUGAUGACACUAUUAAGCCAAGAAGCAGCUCGAAGUCACCUGAAAGGGUAUGCGUGAAUUAACUACCCUUGCUCGUCACCUGCCUUGUCUGAGUUGUCCGGGAUUCAACCAUAACGAACCCGGAUUAGACGAAAUCCAGACAUCUAACCACAAGGUUUAUCUCAAAAGCAAUAAUGUGAUUAUCGUUUUCAGAAGCUCCAGUAAUAAUAAGGAUGCAGAAGCUGACUAUGACUGAAUUGUUGAAACAUCUCAUCAAUGUUAAUUCUGGUUUGCUGCAUUAUUUUGCGCCCUGGUGCAGGUGGAGGGAACAGAACUGAGAAGGAAACAACUGGGUUCCAAACGUGGACAAAAAUUCCAAUUUUAGAUUGGAGGGUAAGAGUUGGUGGUGGUGGAUGGAUGAUGAUUAGAGGGGAUGUGGGUAAAAGAAGAGGGAAUAAAGCAAGAAAGAGCGGUUCUUUACAAAGUGGUCACACAACUGAGGUCUGCAGCUACACCGUACAGAGAGCUUUGCUUUAUCAGAGCUACAAGGGAAAGUAUGGAGAGCCGGUUGAGUGCGUGGAUUGGAUUUUCGGGGGAAGAAGAAGACCUUUAUGAUCAGAAGAUGGAGUAGAUUGAUUGCAAGGGUGGCUUUUUUUUUUCCUUGAGAAAGAGGAGAACUCGGCCAGGCAAAUGGAAGAUGAGAACAAAAGAUGGGAGUGAUGACGUAGUUAGGCAUGCGCAUUUUAGCCCCUUCCUCUCUUUUCUCCUUCUCCUCUCUCUAUCAGGAUUUCAGAACAGAAGGGAUCAGCUUUAUUGUCCAAAACUGCAGAGGCAAAGUGGGUGCUGAAGAACUGAUUAUAUAGUUUUGCUUUGGACCGCUUCCUAAGCCCUAAGUUUUGUAGUUUGUCGGCCUUAGACGUUGCCAACUCUUGAGACAUGCCUUAAUAAGAAAACAAAAGACAGCAUAGGCCAUAUAUGAUAUAACCCAAACCCACCAAUAGAAUAGAACACUACUGCAUCUCUCUCCUUCAGUCUCCCUUGCUAGCCCUACUGGCCAUUCCUCAGAAUUAGCUGCAGCCUGCUCUGCAUGCAGGGUCAGCUUCAGCUUUGUCCAAGUUUAUGGCCCCCACUUUUCUUCUUUUCUUCCUUUCCUCCUACCCCUGUUGACCCAUUUCCCCCUUCACUUCCCUUCCCAUUAAGGUCCAAAAAGCAGGGCAAUACUAUCCCUUCUUAGCUAUAAAGCAACCCUAAAACCCCUACUGCUAUUUUCUUACCACCUUUGCUCAAAGUUUUCAAAACCCCCACACUCUCCCUCCAACCAAAGCUGAACCCUCCAUUACCCCUUUCCUUUUUCUUCCUUGGUUUCCCAAACCAUUUCAGUUUUUUUGCACUCAACCCACAUGGAGGAAACGCCUUUAAUCAGCACCACUUUCAGGCUGAAACACAGCCCUACCACCACCACCACCACCACCACCACCACUAUUCAGCUGCCAGAGAGCCCAAAAGUCCCCAUGGAGUUCCUGUCGAGAUCCUGGAGCGUCUCUGCCCUCGAAGUCUCCAAAGCUCUCAUCUCCAAUUGCUUGUCUUCGUCCAUCCACACCAACUCCUUCCCCACCACCACUAGCUCCUCUUCCACCACCGCCUCCAUCCCUGAAGAACUCUCCACUAUGCCGGACUUCUCGGAGAACGUUCCUCCAUACAAUCAUCACACCAUUGCUGCGGCCUCCUCUUCUUCCUCUGCCCCUCAGUUCUCUUUUGCUUCCUCUGCCACCUCCCAGCUUGUUCUCGAACGUAUCAUGUCUCAGUCGGAAGUGUCGCCAUUGACAUCUGGGAGGCUGUCUCACAGCAGUGGGCCUUUGAACUUGGGGGAAUUGGACAGUCCCCCUAUUUCACCCUCUGAUGAGUUUGAAGACGUGGUCAAGUACUUCCGUGCACACAAAACCAUACAUCCUCUAUUUACCGGCGGUCGAGCCAGCGGCGGCGGGGUUGGUUCCGCCGCCGCAGGCGGCGGCACGGCCACCCCAGCCGGCGGAGGAGCGAAGACGGUGGGCAGGUGGUUGAAGGAGAGGAAGGAGAAGAAGAAAGAAGAGACGAGGGCUCACAAUGCGCAGCUCCACGCUGCUGUUUCCGUAGCAGCAGUUGCCUCCGCCGUCGCCGCCAUCGCAGCCGCCACCGCUUCCUCUUCGGCCGAAUCAGGAAGAAACGAGCAGCUGGCCAAGACCGACAUGGCGAUGGCUUCGGCGGCCACUCUGGUCGCUGCGCAGUGCGUGGAAGCCGCUGAAGCCAUGGGAGCCGAGCGCGAGCACCUCGCCUCCGUUGUCAGCUCAGCCGUCAACGUUCGUUCUCACGAUGAUAUCACCACUCUCACCGCUGCUGCGGCCACAGCUCUGCGAGGGGCGGCGACGCUCAAGGCGAGGGCGUUGAAGGAUGUGUUGAACGUGGCGGCGGUGAUUCCGAUUGAGAAAGGGAUCGGGAUUUGUGGGGUUGGGAAUGGCGGAGGGAAUCCUAGAAGAAACUACAGCGGCGAGAUCUGCCCUGCUGCUGAUAGCUUUGUUGGGGCAGAGUUUCUAGCUCGUGGAACAGAGCUUCUCAAACGAACCCGCAAAGGGGAUUUGCACUGGAAAGUAGUCUCUGUUUACAUUCACAGAACAGGGCAAGUGAUGCUGAAGAUGAAAAGCAGGCAUGUUGCUGGGACGAUCACCAAAAAGAAGAAGAAUGUGGUUUUGGAAGUUCACAAGGAGCUUCCAGCAUGGCCAGGGAGGCACCUUCUGGACGACGGAGAUGAGCGCCGUUACUUUGGACUACAAACGGCGGCGAGAGGGCUGGUGGAGUUUGAGUGCAGGAGCCAACGAGAACACGACAUCUGGACUCAGGGGAUCUCCAAGCUUCUCCUCACUGUUGCCGAAAGGAAAAUCAGACGCUAGAUUUCAAGCAUUCCUAUUUUCGUGGGUUCUUAGAAUCUCAAUCACGGCCUCUAAUCGAAUCCAAGUUAUCUGUAGGACUGGCAAUCAGCUUAGGUAGUUAGAUAUGGUGUUUGGGGUCUUAUAAUAUAUAGUGAAACCAUGUGGAUGUGGUGUUUUGGAGGCUAUUCUGUAUGUCUAUCAAAGCCAGUUAACAACUUAGCAAAUGGGAAGCAUUCAAUGAAGAGGAACAAGAAGAGGGAGAUGAUGUGAAAUAGAGAAACAAUGACCAUCUGGAACACAUUCUGCGCCAUUUGACAAAGCAGUAAAUCUCAACCGUUGUAUAUAAAAGAAUUUGUAACGGCGAAACAAGACAACCAAGACGCCCUCGCAUCGCAUGGCCGGGUGGACUGCGUAACAAGACAAGCUGGCAAACACCAUCAUGGUGGUUACUCCACGUUGACAUUCCCUUCCCUGUCAAUCAAGUCAAUCGAAUUUUAGAUAUAAUGUAUCUUCGGCUAAACAGAGCCACCAAGAAACAGAGUACCAUAGUCAUGGAGCUCGAAAAUAAGGGUGGGAUGGAGGAAAGGAAAAACUGAGCUUACAGCUGCACAUAUCCCCGCCAGUAGUGAAAUAAGCGCAUGUUAUACAACAACGAGAUAUGGGACCUCAAGGGUGAAUAUGAAGAGUAGGACGUAAUAAACCUGAUUUUCCUUU